CUCUGACAGAAACAGGAUGGGUGGCAUGGCCUGGGGACAUCCACACAGGCUGCUGCACCCUGUGCUGGUGGUGCUCUUGGUCUCAGGUUCCUGGGAAGCAACAGACGAACUUCAUGAAGUGGCCGGACAGACGCUGUCUGUGAGGUGCCAGUACCCGCCGAAGAGAGGGUCUUAUGUGUUGAAAUACUGGUGUCAUCAGACAGCUCCAAAUAAGUGUACCAGACUGGUCACUACAUCCCAGCCCUGGAUAGCAGCUGAGGUGUCUCGACAUACAAUCUGGGAUGUUCCUGAAGCUGGCUUCUUUAUCAUCAUCAUGAUCCAGCUGAGGGAAGAGGAUACAGGAUUCUACUGGUGUGGAAGCUUCAACUCUUCCCAAAAUGUGAUCACUGUUUUCAGAAACAUCAGCCUGGUGGUGUCUCCAGCUUCUUCCAUGUCUCCCUCAGGGACCACAUUUCCCAUAUGGACCACGUCUCCCGUAUGGAACACCACCUGGCUUCCAGUUGUGAUCACUUCUCCAGAGGGGACCUCUGACCCUUUCAUCAAUGGCUCAAGGCACAGGAAUUCAAGUUCUUCUUCCCCUGGGCUCCUGGCCUCUGUGCAUUGUGGACUCCUGGUGGUCAAGGCCCUGGUGCUGUCAGCUCUGUGCAUGCUCCUGGGCUAUAGGUGCUGCCAGGACCAUAAGGAUACUAUGGGGACAGCAAUGAUAGAGGUUUCUGAUUACGACAUUCCAGACCAGGCCCUGCAACCCUUGGGUGCAUUUAGCCACAUCUCCGAAUACAGGAGGAAUACCUAUUUUCCUCCCCCUCGCCAGCUAUUGGACACCAUAACACUGUGA